CAGCGAACGCGCGAGAGCAACAGGAGUAAAAUUCGCAACAACAACAACAGUAACAACACAAUAAUCGUGGAGGCAAGCAAAAACAUGCGAACAAAACAGCAGCCACUUCAGCAACAAAUCAGUAUGAAACUGAUAACCGAAUGGUUAUGGUUAAAAAAGUGAAGCGCGCACUGUACGAUCUGCAAUAAUCUCGUAUAUCGAACACACUUUUUCUUUCGAUCGUCAAAUUUUGUCAAUGACAUCACACGUAGGCAACGAUUUUUUUUAAAAGCAAAAGUGCUGCAUUUGCUACGACCGCGAAAUUAAUUUUCUCUUUUAAUUCGUUGAACAUUCGUAUAAAAUUUACAAAAAAAAAAAAACAAGAGUGCAUAAACAAUAUCAUUUUUCGUACUCACAAAAUCGCCAAUUUAUGUUUAGUGGUGAAUCUCUGAAGUAGUCGAUGCAUAAAAAGAAUUGAUCGAUUUAAAGUUAAUGUGUAAUUUAGUGUUUUAUUUAUUUAUAUCGAUAGUGGGUGACAUGAUCGAAAAACGAUCGAUUUGAUUCCAGACCAUUUUUUUUUUCAUUUCAAACGCGGUUUGGUUCAAUUACCGAACUUAUUUUUCCGUACAAUUGAUCAAAUACGAACAUAAACACAACCAAAUAACGUUCACUAACUGGAUCCGGAGACAUAGCGCAUAACCAAGCCGUUUUCUUAACGUGAUUCAUACGUUGAAAUAAUUGAGAAAAAACCCUGAAAUUGAGUCAUAUUACACACUGAAUGAUGAUGUUUUUGACAUUUUAUUAACUGAAUGCGUUGCAUGCUGUUGAACUCUCAUAUGGCAAUCAUCGAUUAACUACGGUAUCGAUCACAAACGAAUAGUCAACUAUACUACUAUAGAGAGAGGGUUGGAGAACGAAACAACAACUGACGCUCCUACUUUUUUUUAUCCAUUUCUGCAUUUUUCUUCUUCAACUUAUACUUUCCCGUCAACUGAACUUCUUGCUUUGGCUUUUCUUUCCUUUUUCUCUCGAAUUACGAAAACGUUGUUGCAAAAGCUCAUCAAAAUGUCGUUAAAAAACUACAUAUUCUCUAGUAUUAACACUAAGGGUGGACAAGAUAGUGAUAAAUUUGCAACGAUCCGAAUAAAAUCGCUACAACGCAAAAAUAUGGCAAUUAAAGAGAGUGAAAAUGGGGGUGCCACACAAAGUCGAACCGAACCAAAUACAACUGCACAGCCAACAUCCACUAAAACAGCCACCACCAACGAAACCACUGAAACACCUCCAACCAAUCAAGAGGAGAAAUUCCAAUGUUCUUGGUUCUUUUCCGGAAAGGGUCUACUAAAGAUUUGUUCAUUAAUAACAGUUGAACCAAUAAUGGUGUUCUGGUUGCUGCCGUCAUGUUUCCUCUACAUAGCUACUGAAAAUUUAGCUUUAGAAAAGUCGUGCCGUGUUAAUUUCAACUAUAGUGAUGUUGUCUGCGAUAAUAUGAUCGAUAAAUCAAUCAAUAAUAUCAACUGUGUUAGUUUUCGUGAAAAGCAAAAAGAAUCUGAAUCAAUUCAUUUAUACAGUGAUUAUUCUCAAGUGUUGAACGCUACAACAUAUAAAAAUGGAACGUCGAUUUUACCACCAGGCUCAAAUGCAACCAUUUAUUUUGACAUUACGGAGCUGGAGGAGCUGGUGUGUCAAGCCGAAAUUGACAGUCAAAGAUUGGACACGCAAUUAAAUUUAUACACAGCACCGUUUGAUUGGGUAUUUGGUAUAAUAAUGAUUUUAUUUGCCGGAGGAUGGUCGGAUAAACGGGGAAAACGUAAACCAUGCAUGUUGAUUCCAUUACUGGGUGAAUUGGCUGCAUUGAUCGUAUACUUGAUUGCUGCUGUGUUCUUCAAGCAAUUGCCAUUAGAAUUCAGUGCAAUUCUGGGCAAGCUAUUGCCGGCUAUAACUGGUGGAGCGAAUCUAAUGCUGAUGGGUGUAUAUAGUUACCUUAGUGAAACAACCACCGAAGAAGAUCGAACAAUGCGAUUUGGUAUUUUUGCUCAAAUCGUUCCAUUGAUUCCGAUCGCAUCGCUUCCAUGGUCUGGAAUUCUUUUCCAAAAACUUGGAUAUGUUCCGUUGCUGUUAAUUUGCAUUCCAAUCAAUUUGAUUGGCGUAUUUUACAUUUUGUUCGUGUUAAAAGAGGUGAAACGCGUGAAAAAAGAUGAAAUCGAAAUGACAUCAAAUGGUGUUGAAAAUCCAGCAUUUGAUAAUAAUGCUGAACAUAAUAUGCAUACACGUGACACACAAAAUGGACAUCGUGAAGUAUUGGCCGUUACCGAACCGGAAGUGGAUACACCAAAGCCAAAUUGUUUGCUUGAUUUCUUCAAUCCAGUUGUGGCUGUUGAAUGUGUAAAAGUUCUAAUGCGACAACGUAAAAAUCAAGGUCGAGCCAUUUUGAUUUUUAUGUUUGUUAUGUAUUUUGUUGCAAUCGGACCUGCAUUUGGUGAAGAGCCAAAUGAAUAUAAUUUCACUCGUAUUGCAUUAAAUUGGGAUGGAAUUAUUUAUAGUGCAUACGCAACGUAUGGAAAUGCUACAUCGUUAAUUGGAACAAUCGUAAUGGUUGUUAUUUUAAGUAAAUUGUGUAAAUUUUCGGAUCCAAUAUUGGGUGUCGUCGGCACAUCAUUUUCUUGUAUCUCACGAAUUUGCUAUACACUUGCCCGUGAUACAACCAUGUUGUAUAUUGCUCGUACGGCUGAUGCAUUCAUUAGUAUUCGGGCCUUAGUACUCAAAAGUAUCUUGUCAAAACUUGUGGACACCGACGAAUUGGGACGCUCAUUUUCAAUUAUUGCCAUUAUCGAAGUCUGUGGCAAAUUUGUCUUCGUGUCAUUAUACAGUAUUGUUUAUGAAAACACAUUGGACUCAUGGCCAGCCGCAUUUUAUUUCUUCAGUUUCAUUUUCCUCGUAGUGACUGCUUUAUUUUUUGUUUUAUUGUACAUCAUAAUGAAACGCCGAAAAUGUCAAGAUGAAACAGAAAAAGCAGAAGUAGUAGCAUCGAAACAAUCAGAUCUCGGCGAAACAACACAUAUGUAAAACAAUCGAUUGAUGAGUGUUUGUUUGUUUGUUUUUUUUUUUAAAUGCCAGUUUCAUUUUAUUGCUAUAUAUACCGCUCUAUACUUUCUUCAUUUGAAUGAAGAAAUAUUUGGCAUUAUCCACAUAUUCUUCGUGUUUAUUUGUAAAUGUUAAUAUAAAUUAAUUAAUUAAUUAG